CCACCCUCCACCACACUGCUCAAUAUGCACAGCAGCCGAUUUCAAGGAUAGAGGUUUCUCGAGCCAACUUGAAUCAAAAAUCGAGAAAUGUUCUCGGAUUUUGAAUCAACCGCCGGCAGUGACUUUAGAAGAACCACUGAGUCUGGGCCCCCAGCUCAGUCAACUUCGGGCACACCGAUGUCUGAAUCUUCGAAGCUACAAAUCGACGCGUGUUAUCGCGUCUUGCUUGAAACAUUUGGCCAUCCAAGCUAUAAAGGGAAACAGAAGGAGAUUGUCGAGGCGGCUGUUCUCGGAUACGACGUUUUCGUUCUAGCUCCUACAGGCAUGGGCAAGAGUUUAUGCUUCCAAAUCCCCGCUGCUUCUGCCAAAACGGGAAUUACGAUUGUCGUCUCUCCACUUUUAGCACUUAUGAAGAACCAACUCCAAUCCCUUCGAGAGAAAGGUAUCCCUGUCGUCUCACUCACAUCUGAAACGCCGCAACACGAACGGGAACAGGUUGUGCAAGACUUGCUGUCCGGAAAUCCAAAGUAUAGACUUCUCUACGUUACACCAGAAAGGAUGGGAACAGGUGAAUUCCUUCGACAGCUUCGAGUGGUCUAUCAACAUCAGAGGCUGAACAGACUUGUCGUGGAUGAGGCUCAUUGUAUCUCGGAAUGGGGUCACGGUUUUCGGGGAGACUACCGAAAACUGGGUCUGUUUCGCGAGAAAUUCCCCAUUGUACCAAUCAUGGCUCUUACUGCAACGGCUACUCCUGCUGUGCAAGACGAUAUUGUACGCUCUUUACACAUGGACAAGGAGAAGCUAUUCAAGGUCACCCAUCCUUUUAACAGGAGUAAUCUAUUUUACGAAGUUAGAUACGCCUCCAACCCAACCCACGGAACCCAAAUGUCCGAAAUCCACGAUUACAUCUCCACGCUCCACAGACGAAGAGGAAAAGUUUCUUCGGGGAUUAUAUAUUGUAGGACACGAGCGACGUGUAAUGACCUUGCUGCGUAUUUGAGAGGGAGAGGGAUGAGUGUGAGGCCUUAUCAUAAGGGUAUUGCUGCGGCUACGUUAGAUAAGACGUUAGCAGAAUGGACGAAACCUGGAGGGUCCGCUGAGGGAGGCAUUGAUGCGGUGGUAGCUACCAUUGCGUUUGGUCUAGGUAUAGACAAGGGUGAUGUUAGGUAUAUCAUUCACUAUGAUCUACCGAAAAGUUUCGAAGGCUAUUAUCAGGAGACCGGUCGGGCUGGUCGUAAUGGAUCGCCCGCUAAAUGUGUAUUAUACUAUUCCCGUGAAGACGUGGUCCAGGUCCGACGCUGGGUUUCGGAUUCACAUACUCAUCGAGUGAUGACGGCUGAGCACGUAAACGGCCCGCCACCUAGUCAACGGUCUUUGUCUAGUUUGACAGAACUCGUGAAAUUUGCGGAAAACACGGACCUCUGUCGACAUGUCAGCAUAUGUCGAUACUUUGGUGAAACUAUCGAUACGCACGAUUCCGAGGUGACCAAGACUUACUGUAAUAUGAUGUGUGAUGUAUGUAAAUAUCCCGAACGGACGAGAAUCCGGAAACAAGUAUUAUCGUCGAAAGACCUUGCCAGUAGCCAAGCAUCUUUCGCACCAUCUUUCGGCGGAGACGAUGACGAUAACGAUUCCCUUGGUGGUAAUAUCCGCCAUCGCGCAGAGGGCAAGACUGGUUGGGGAAGUCUCAACCGGGAGGGUGUGCAGUCCGUUGAGCGUGAACUCGGAAACGCCUCGUCCUCGAGGCUACGGGCUACAGGUUCUAUGGCUUCAUCAAAAAGAGCCGCUGUAGAGGUUCUUAUUAAACCCGGAGGAGGAAGCGAGGCGAAGAAGCCAAAAGUGCGAGAGAGUUUCGCUCCCCCGUUGGUCACAAAACCCUUCAACUCGGCUUCGAGUCUUAAAAAGCCGUUCAAGUCCCCUUUCCUUAAGAUGACAACGCCGUUGGAAAAGAGCAGUGUGGCCAACACGCGCACAUACCAAGAUCAAUCGACGACGAUACCUCAGCCUGAAUCCCCACCGCUGCCCUUGAACUUGAAUAAAUUCGCUCGAUCUCAAUCACCCAAAGAAUGCAUAGCAACUAACACCAACCUGGAUGGUUUGGAGCACCUCAAGGAUAUUGAUGUGGAGCCCGAAGAGGCGGGUUCAACGAAGAUACAGAUAGAUUCCAGACGUCAAGGCAUGAUGAGUCUCCUCAGAGCCCUUCAUACUGCGUUCUCGCAACAAUCUUCACUCUGGAGUUGGUUCGAGUCUAGUCCACCACGGGAUAAGAAGAAGGCAGUUAUUUUCUUCGCUCAAGUUGCUCGGGAUUUGGAAUAUUCAGCUUUCACGUUUUGCUCUACGAGUGACGGAUACCAAGAACGGAUAAGGGUCAAAAUACGCACUAUAGCCGAGUUGGGAAACGUGGUGGCGUCUGGGCGAGAUGCAACAGAGGAUGAGAAUAUGUCCGAAGUUGUUCAGUCGGUGAAGAACGUUUUGUAGAAUACUUACAACUGCAAUGGUUUUAUUUAUGUAAC